CGAUCUUGGCGAAAAAAACGCAAACUUUACAGCGAUUUGCAUAACUUGAUGUUGCUAAAUUGCACGAUAAUAGUUUAUCUCAGAAUUAUGUGAAACUAAAGUGCGCACCCAUCGGCAACGUUGUCAAACAAACGUCAAAUGGUUUAACAAGUUGCACGAAGCAACGCAAACACAUUGGAAAGUCCGACUACUUCCAUAGCUCUUAUAUAUUAUUAUUUGAUUGACUGUUUACCAAGUGAAAUGAUUUGAGUUUGGACUUCAUUUGCGGCGCAAAUUUAGUUUUUCUUUUAAAUUUUUAUGCAAGAAAAACUAUCCGAAAUGGUGAGUCUUUGAACAAAAACGCCCCCAUUCAAUAAAAUAUCGUCACAGUAUAAACAAUUUGGUGAAAGUCUUACAAAAAAAAAAAUCGAACCUUUGAGGUUAUGAUGGAUAAAUAUACAGUUGAUUUAGAUAAGGUUUUAAAUGAUUUUGAGUACAGUGAGUUAACAGCUGACAGUCAGGUUACAACUCCUAGUGUUUCAGUUGAGAGCCGAAAACAUAUUGGGCCAACCAAACAUUCAAUGAAUAAUGUUUUCAGUAGUUUAAAUGAAUAUUUAAACACUGGAAAGUUUGACACAGCUGAAGCCAAACAGGAUCGAUACCAAACAUCAAGCAUUCAUCAGACUACAAAAGCUUCAUCAGGAAAUGAUGAGCAUUAUACCAAUUGGAAGCAGAUUGCUAAUGAAUCUACAGCAGCAUGUCAAAAUGAGAGUGUGGUAAAAUCAGAGCAAAAUUUUAAAGAAGUAUUGGUUGAACCUACUGUAGCAGAAAGUGUAGUAAAAUGUGAUGAAGUUAAGUCUGAAGAUUGUAAGAAUAAGUCUGAUGGAAGUUUUGUUGAUUUGGAUGUAAAGAGUUGUAUAAAGAGUGAAGAAUCCGAAAAUGCCUCAACACUUAAUUUAGUUCAGAUUUGUGAUAACAAGAACAUAAUAGAAACAAGUGAAAUUCAAUCUGAUAAUGAAAUCUCUGGAUGUAAACCAGAUUUUGAUGUAAUAAGUAAACCACAUAAUGUGAUUAACAAUUAUAUGGAAGAUUAUUGCUUAAUUAAUGAAGUAAAUACUGUUGAUGAGCAACAGGCACAGAAAGAUGAGUUGGAAGAAGAUAAUAUAGAUAAACCAGUGUUAAAUGAUUUGAAGUCUACAGAUGUUGUGGAUACUGCAAUUGAUGAGUCAUAUGAGGUUGAAAUUAUACAUGAUAGUGAUCUUAGCAAGGAUAGUCAAUUAAGUGAUAAUAAUUGUAACGCAAAUACUGAAAUCGUCGAUGAUAAUAAUAUAAUACAAGAUAGUGACGUCAGCAUAAAAGAAGCAGAGAUACCGUUAAAAGAACAAGAAACUGCUGAUUCUGAAAGUAUUCCUAAUGAUUUAGCAUUACAUAAUGAGGUUGUUGAGGAUAUUAAUAAUCAAGAAGAGUUGAACAUACAAGAAUGUACUGAAUGUGUAGACAAUACUAAUAAUAAUAAUCCAGUAUGUUUCAAUAAUUCUCUGGAUAUCGACGACGAAGAACUUCAAAAUUAUCUAGAUAAAAUUGAAGAAGAGUUCGGCCAGGAAAACGUUAAAACAGAGGAAGUGGUGAAUACCGCAGAGCCCGAACAAGUUCCGGAAACCGCGAAGGAACCUAAUAUAUCAGAGGAGGGAAACGCGAAUAGGCCAAAUAGUUUGGAUAUUGAAAAACGGGAGAUCAAUCUUAUUGGAAACCCAGGGUCAACACCAUAUAACAAUCUAUACGUGUCCAAGGAAAUUUCUGAAGAUUAUGAUGAAUCCACUACCUCCUCAUCUGUAUCUCCAGCAUUCUCAGAUGCGUCAACUGGUUCUGUCAGGUCCACAGAUACAACUACUGAUGAGGGUGUGAAGGAUAUUGCUGUUGCUGAAGGUGAGGAAGCUGCAGCGAAACCUACUGAAGAAGAAUCUCGAGCUGCUGAUCAUAUGGACGACAUUUACAUUGAUAUAGAUAAAAUCAAUAAUAUGAUAAAUCCAACAGAAGGCGAAGCAAGCGCGAGCGCUGCUUCAACGUCUGAAACUCAAGAACUUGAAAAUCCAGACGCUUGGCUAGGAAAGCGGGCUCCGGUAUGGGUUCCAGAUGAUUUAGCUCUCCACUGCCUUCACUGUAAUAUGAAGUUUACUGUUAUCAAGAGACGGCAUCAUUGCCGAGCUUGCGGAUUUGUUCUGUGCUCCAAAUGCUGCAAUUCUAAGCACCGCUUGGAAUAUUUGGAUAUGGAAGCUAGAGUUUGCACUCGAUGCUAUGAUAUUCUAUCUAAAUUACAAAAUGAGACAACAAUCAACGACGUGAACAGUGAUAAUAGUACACGGAAUAAUAAGCCCAAUCCUAAUAACCCAAUGGAAUAUUGUUCUGUUGUACCACCUUUACAACAAAUUGCUGCAGGUGGCGGAGAUGCCAAUCCCCCAUCUGUGAUGGUACCUGUUGGCGUUUUGAAGAGGAAGGGCUCAAACAAAGCUAAACAUAAUAAAAGUGUAAUGUUUUGCGACGGAAUUAAACCUGGUAGCGACUUAACUAAUUUGGAUAAUGACUUCAAUUAUAACGGACUUGAAUCGAAGCCGCAACAGGCCUCUUCCUCAAAGAAACCGCAAUCGAUUGUUUUGCCCAAAGCUAAUAGGAAUGUACCGGCUCUUGAGCCUAAGAGCAACAGUUUUAUUGCGGAGAAUGAGAGCUGCUUACCUCCAACAGUGACUACAUUUAAAUCAGAUAUAUCUUAUACGGAAUGCGCCAACAACGUGAACGUUGUUGAAAUGUUAAAGAAUGAGACUUUAACAUUCGCUAUUCAGCGAAAUCUGCAUGUGCAUGUGCGACUUAUAUCGAUGGAUUGUUGCGUCAACAAACAGGCUUGGUGUUUCUCGACGGAGGGUUUGAUCUCUGUAGGUCAAGACGAAAUUGUUAUUCUUUUAGAAUACAUGGAAGGAGAACGAUCAGUACCUAAAGACGUUUUCUAUCACUUGAAUAACAUUUACAAUGAUGCCGUUAAAGGUACUACAGUUGGGGAAUUGGGAUUAAGUAUACAUCCAACGACAAACUUUUUGGAUUCAAAGAAUCACGCGGGCUUCAUAUUUAUACGUCCCACGUUUCAGUGUUUGCAGAAUGUCAUUAUACCAAAAGAAUCAUAUUUGAUUGGUAUUUUGGUGCAUCGUUGGGAAACGCCCUGGGCUAAGAAUUUCCCGCUCCGAUUAGUUCUUAGAUUAGGCGCCGAAUACCGAUAUUAUCCGAGCCCGAUCAUUUCCACUCGGCACAGAGACAGUGUCUUUGUGGAAAUUGGACACACAAUCAUAAAUUUACUUGCCGAUUUUAGACAAUUCACAUAUACGCUUCCAAGUAUAAGAGGUCUGACCAUUCACAUGGAGGAUAAGAACACAACGGUCACGAUACCAGUGAAUCGAUACGAUCAAGUUAUGAAGAGCAUUAGCAAUUCUAGCGAGCACAUUUUAGCUUUUGGUGGAAACUUCAGUUUGGAAGCUGAUUCUCAUUUAGUUUGCAUACAAGACACUAACGGAAGCAAUGAGAAUAAUUACACGACGCAUGCAAUCAAUAUACAGAAUAAACCCAGGAAAGCUCUUUCAGUUACUGGUACUAGUUUUAUCGUGUUUAACGGAGCUUUGAAGUCGUCAAGUGGAUUAACUGCCAAAUCGAGUAUAGUGGAAGAUGGUCUGAUGAUACAAAUACCACCUGAACACAUGAUUCAGGUUCGAGAAAAUUUGAAGGAGAUGAAAAAUCACACCAUUCACUGUGGAUGCGUUAACGCCGAUUCUGACGAAUCUGUGAGCAUCAUUUGGGGAGACCGAGAUACAAAUUUCAAUAUUGGGGUUAAGUCAUCAAUAGAUGAUCAAUCUUUAGCCGGUGUCCCUUCAAUACGAGUUCACAAUGGUAAAAACUUUUCGCGCAACAGUGGCGAAAGAAUGAUCAGGUGGACUGAAGUAUUCCUUCUACAGAGCGGCGAGGAAAAUGCACGGACCCAAGAUCCAAUCGACGUUUCGAAAAUAGCAGAAAGUAUUUCCAAAGCAACUUGUCUAGCUCUGGUUAAAUAUUUGAAUCUAUUAGCGACAAACAACUUUUAUAAAAUUGGUAUUAGAACCACAUUACACAUUGAUAAUGUCAGUUACAGCGCAGGUAGCAAUGGCAUAAAACUGCCACCCAUCUACAUGAAGAGUUUAGAUAAUGAGCUGGUCCCAGUAUUGCACAGAAUUACUUCAAACAACCUAGGCGAAAGUGCAAUUAUCCUCGAGCUAGUUUUCCGUAUUCUCAACGUAUGAUAAUCAUAGCAAAAUAUUAUAUAAUUGACAUUCAAAUUAUGCACUACUUACGUUUUUUUAUUAUUAUUAUUAUUACUGUAAUAUUUAUUUUAUCUCUACGCAUAUUUUAAUCACUUGAAUUAUACAUAUUGCUGUUAUAAGGAUUCUAAAUAGAAGUCACAAAAUUCAAACUAUAAUUU